AUGAGGCUCUGCCCCAGGUGCUGUACUUGUGGGUAUGAGGGAUGGGUGGAGGAAGGCGAUACUUGUCUGCCCCCGUCCCCAUUGUUCUAUUUAAAUAUUUCCCAGAUUCCCCAUACACUUCCUGUGGGCACAAAUGUUUGGGUUCUUCUCCAAGCUAGUGCUGCCCUCCUUGUGAUGUCUCUUUUCUAUGGAUGCCUUAACGGCAAACAUCCAGAUCUUGUGGAAGUGCCAGCAAGAGAAGAGUUCCUAUAUGCCAAAUAUAUUACCUGUCACAAUCUUAAGAACUGGGGUGGGCUUCAGGUUCUUGUUGAAAGGGCUGAACCUCUCGCCUGGCUAGACAAGGCGUUCUCUUGA